AUUCGUUCCGCCCAGAGUCCGGGCCGAGUGAAUGGGGCUCAGGCGGCGGCGGCGGCGGCAGCAGCAGCGGGGAUAAAGAUGUUGUCCCUGAAAGGGGGUGGGGGUGGGUGAGGAGCGGGAAGAGGGGCCAUUCACUCCUGGCCCGGCCCCUCGGGAAGCCUCUGCGAAGAAAGAGGGCCGGGGUCUAUUCAAGUCCUACGAGCCGCCCACAAUGGGCCGAUAUACUGGGGGCCUCUCUAUUAACGCCCAUGAAUAUUAAAGAGAUCGCCGAGCGACAGCCCGCGGGCGCGAUCAAGGGGGCGGGGGCGGUGCCUUGGAGCUCCGACCCGGCCCGGUCCAUGGGAGGGGUCUUCGCGCAGGCACACUCGGCGCCCGGAUCCCAGAGACGUGGUUCAUCCACUGUGAACCCUCAGCGUUUCCUCUCGAAGUCUCCACGCAGGCAGAUGCGCUCUCAAGGGCCUUACUGCUCGAUCCCGGUGGGCUGUCCUCCCUACAGGGUUUGAUUUUGAGGGUGCAGAAGGCCAGGUGGGACUAUCACUAGGCCAGAAGCUCAAAGUGGGUGAGCGCAGCCAACUGCAUCCCAGCUCCGUGGGCACUCCAGCUAGGAGGUUGUUUAAGUUCCUGUCUCUUCUCCAGCACACGCUCCCCAGGUUUUGGGGGGGACGGGGGAGAGUCCUGAGGAAAGUAAUGAAGCAUCCUAGUCUCAGCCAGAGACUUCGGUCCUUCUGUCUUUUGACUUCGAUCUUGGGACUGGAACGAAAAUUCGCCCCAGGCAUGAAGGACUCUGGGACUUGGGAAAAUUUCACAGUAGAGUGUACCGAGGGAUUUGUUUUUUUAAAAAAAAAAAAUCCUGCUUAGCUCCGGGGAAAGCCACACGAUCUGAUCCGAGGGGUGACAGGCUGGGAAGAAGCAAAGCACAUAGUCCAACACAAACCACUGUCGGCAGGAACCCAGAGGCACAGAGAAGAGAAGGGCUGUCCCCUAGGAUGCCCUGCUGUCUUCCGUUCCCUUUAGUCUGCUGCAAGCGCUGAGGAAGGUUUCGGGAUUGGAGGCUGAGCCCCCAGUCCUGGCAAUUCUUCUGCCCAGCUCAGUCUCCUCUCCACUCAGGCUUCACAGAAGUCAAGAUCCAGGCGCCGGUCAGGUUCCCUUGCCACCGAGCCAUUGGUUUCCAUACUCCCCACCAGACUGGAACCCUCCGCGAAAGGAUUUAAAUCACCGGCGGCAUCUGCAAGGAACCCCUACCCACCGGCGGCACUUGCUCCUCUGCAGCGCUGCCCUCUGCUGGCGCCCUGCCCGUUGGUCCCUCUCCCUGCCCGGUACACCCACCCUCCACUGGGCUCCAGAGGUUCUGCAUCUGAAGAUUUCCAAUCGCCGGCUUGGCGCUUUAGUCUCCCGCCUGCCUGCCGGGCUGAGGAUGCCAGAGACCACUGGCUCCAACUAGGGGUUAUAGAGACCUGCGACCCCCAUGCUUGCCAAGGGCGAGGCAAGCUUAGCUCUGGGGAGCUGGUGGUGCAAAGGGUUCUUUUCCUAGAGGCAUUAGAAUCUGGCUCGUGGGUCACAGCUCGGUCCUGAGCUGCCAGCGCUACUCACGUCCAAAUCACAAGGCUUCGAAGGCCUGAAAAGUCUUCACUAUAAGGUGGAGAUCUAACCCGAGAGGACUCAGACAAACCAGCCUUCAGGGCUGCGGGAACUUUCCAUUGCUCCAUGUGAAAUUGCAGCGGAAGGGGUGGGGGGGGGGGGAAAUGGGCUCUGAGGACUUAUGCUGUUGAGUGAGGUGUGCCCAAAGCCCCUCUAACGUGGUUGUUUCUGGAGCUGAAGGUGUGGGGGAGGUCUUAAGUCUGUCCAGGAGGCUUCAGUGCACGCAGGAAACCGUGAUCUCCCCGACUUAGCAACUGAUUCUGAAGAGUUGUGAAGCUGGCUCCCAGCCACCCGCCGCCCACCUUUCCCGCACCCCUCCUGGUAUCCACCCCUGUCUACGCCCGCGGACUUCCAGCCCUCCAUGCCGCCUCUGCCUUCUCUGCAGACUUUGUGAAUCUCGGGUUUGGUUCACUGUCCUCCCAGCCAUCCCUUGCCACGCACUCCCCAGUGCAACCUCCUCCUCCUUCUCUUCCUCCUCCUCCCUCCUGUUUUGUCACCCUCCUCUCCUUUCACUCCUUUGAUCCCUCUUCGUUGCCCACCUCUCCGUAGUCCACCCAGCCGUCCUUCCGCGGCGCCCGGCGGCGAGCCCUUGGCCGCCCAUGAUGGGCUCUGUGCUCCCAGCUGAGGCCCUGGUGCUCAAAACAGGGCUGAAGGCUCCGGGGCUAGCGUUGGCAGAGGUCAUCACCUCCGACAUCCUGCACAGUUUCUUAUAUGGCCGAUGGCGCAACGUGCUAGGCGAACAGCUGCUCGAGGACAAGAGCCACCAUGCCAGCCCAAAGACUGCCUUCACCGCCGAGGUCUUGGCACAGUCCUUCUCGGGAGAGGUGCAGAAGCUAUCUAGCCUGGUGCUGCCGGUGGAAGUGAUCAUCGCCCAGAGUUCCAUCCCUGGCGAGGGCCUUGGCAUCUUCUCCAAGACGUGGAUCAAGGCAGGCACGGAGAUGGGCCCCUUCACUGGCCGAGUCAUCGCCCCAGAGCAUGUGGAUAUCUGCAAAAACAACAACCUGAUGUGGGAGGUAUUCAACGAGGAUGGGACAGUCCGCUACUUUAUCGAUGCCAGCCAGGAAGACCACCGAAGCUGGAUGACCUACAUCAAGUGUGCCCGGAACGAGCAGGAGCAGAACCUGGAGGUGGUGCAGAUAGGCACUAGCAUCUUCUACAAGGCCAUAGAGAUGAUCCCUCCAGACCAGGAGCUGCUGGUGUGGUAUGGGAAUUCCCACAACACCUUUCUGGGGAUCCCAGGUGUGCCGGGACUGGAAGAAGAACAGAAGAAAAACAAGCAUGAGGACUUCCACCCGGCCGACUCCGCGACCGGUACCGCGGGCCGCAUGCGCUGCGUCAUCUGCCACCGCGGCUUCAACUCGCGCAGCAACCUGCGCUCGCACAUGCGUAUCCACACGCUGGACAAGCCCUUCGUGUGCCGCUUCUGCAACCGCCGCUUCAGCCAGUCGUCCACGCUGCGCAACCACGUGCGCCUGCACACGGGCGAGCGUCCCUACAAGUGCCAGGUGUGCCAGAGCGCUUAUUCGCAGCUGGCCGGCCUGCGCGCGCACCAGAAGAGCGCGCGCCACCGGCCACCCAGCACCGCGCUGCAGGCGCACUCGCCCGCGCUACCCGCGCCUCACGCUCACGCGCCUGCGCUCGCCGCCGCGGCCGCCGCUGCCGCCGCGGCGCAUCACCUGCCAGCCAUGGUGCUGUGAGCGCCGCGUACGCGUCCCACGCGCACGCGCACCCCCGCCGCCCGUGCGACGGACCCGACCCCCCGCGCCACCGAGGCGCCCGCAACCCGGAACCCACUCCUGAUCCAUCUCACAGAGGAGGACGCCGAAGGGCGACGUCCUCUUUGCCUAGGCCACCCGGCUGGUGUGGCUGCUGCCCUGUCCUCUCUUCUUGGGAGCCGGUCCUCACGCCCGGCCCCAUCUCGGAGUGUCCCUCCUGCAGGGCUGCGUCCCCACGCGGACAUCUCUCUCCUGGAUGACAGGAGAUGGGGGACAGAGGACCUCCAAAGAGAGCUGAAUAGUUGGGAGUGGAAGAGAGAGCUACCUCCUUGGCCCAGGGUGGACCUGGGGCAGGCUGUGCUCAUCUCUGCAUCAUUCAAGGGAAUGGUGUCUUGAUGUGUUGCGAGUGUGGGAACGACGCUAACCCUUGGCUGCGAUUGGAGCCCCAAGGUGAUUAGCACAGACAGGGAGAGACCUGGGCCCUGCCUUCCUUCAGGCUACUUUCCCCAGCACCCGGUUCCCAGUGAAGGAUGAGACCCUGAUACAUUCUGAAGUGUGCUGGAAAGGUUGAAAGUGGAGUCACAAGGGACAUUCACCAUAGCCCCUGGGCAAGACCCUGACCCUUUUGGAGCCUCAGUUUCCCCAUCUGUAGAACGCAGGAAUUAGGCCAGUGCCCCCUUCUCCUGUCUUUCUGAGCUUAGAAAUGGAGAAGCACCCUCACCUCCACCCUACUAAGUCCCCAAACAAGAGGAUGAGUGACCACACAGAGACGUCUCCUCUUCGUCCAGAAAGUUUGUUUGAAGUGCGCAGACUCGGGGGUUCUUUCCAGCGAGCCCACACUCCCACGCGCCCCUGUCGACGCCGUUCCCUGCUCUGUCCGUGGGCGCCCUCUGGUGUCAUCUCAAACCUUGUUGUCAUUUACCAGAAUCCCUUCUCCCCACCCCCACCCCCACCCCCCAACACACACACCACAUACACAUUCCGUCCACACACCAUGGUGUUUGUAAUAAAAAAAAAAGCCACAAAACUAUAACGAAAAGUAUAACAUGUAUGGAGUUUUCAAGAAAGUGUGUUCUACUCCCAGAAAAACGGUCACUUUAACUUUGUAAAUGUUUAUCUAAGAUGAUAUUUACGAAAACUGUGAUAUAUAUUAUUUGAUUGUAUAUGUACAACUGUAAAUACAUUUGUACUUCUCUUGUAUUCUAAAAUAAAAAUUACUUGGAACCUGUA